GUUAGUAUUGACUAUCUUGUGGGUGAGCAUCAUAGAGCGCCAUUUUCAAUAGAGAUCCAAUCUAGCAUGGAGCGUACGUUCAUAAUGGUCAAGCCUGAUGGCGUUCAGCGAGGUCUUGUAGGAGAAAUUGUUCACCGUUUUGAAAGACGCGGCUAUAAACUAGUUGCUCUAAAAAUGACACAGGCAUCUGAACAGCUACUACAUACUCAUUACGAGGCACUUAAAUCUAAACCGUUCUUUCCAAAGCUGAUUGCUUACAUGUCGUCUGGUCCAGUGGUGCCAAUGGUCUUUGAAGGGCAUAAGGCUGUCGAAAAUGGACGUACCAUGUUGGGUGCUACCCAACCAGAAGCGAGUUGUCCUGGAUCUAUUAGAGGAGAUUUCUGUCAAGAUGUUGGGAGAAACGUUGUCCACGGAUCUGAUUCUACUGAGAGUGCUAACAGGGAAAUAAGCUUGUGGUUUGCUCCCCAAGAGCUGUGCCAAUACAAGCAAAACAUGGACCCUUGGAUCCAUGAAUAA